GCUGUUCUCCUCCUGAUUAGAGCGGCGAGUGUUGUCCUGGAGCAGCGAGCAGAAUGCAGACUUUAGCCCUGUGGACAGCGCUCAGCGUCUGCACCUACGCCACAGUGCAGACCUGCUCAGUUAAAAAGCUUGGCAGUAACACCGGGAGAUUCGCUAACGCCACUUUAGUCCGACUGUCUGAGUUUUUAAGCGCCGGAUACAAGAAAGGAGUCCGGCCAGUUAAAGACUGGAGGGAUUCGACCAUGGUGGCCAUUGACUUGAUGGUCUAUUCUAUUCUGAAUGUGGAUGAGAAGAACCAGGUUCUGACAACAUAUGUGUGGUACAGACAGCAAUGGAUCGAUGAAUUCCUUGUGUGGAAUCCAGAAGAUUUUGAUGAUGUUAAAAAGAUCUCCAUGCCCACUGCCAAUGUGUGGGUGCCGGAUAUUGUCAUCAAUGAGUUUGUGGAUGUGGGAAAAUCUCCAGAUAUACCGUAUGUGUACGUGACCAGUGAUGGACUGGUGCAGAACUACAAGCCCAUCCAGGUGGUGACCGCCUGCUCCCUCAACAUCUAUAACUUCCCCUUCGACAUCCAGAAUUGCAGCCUUACCUUUCAGAGUUGGCUGCACACAAUUAAUGACAUCAACAUCACGCUAAUGAGGAGCCCGGAGGAAGUGAAGGUGGAUAAGUCUGUGUUCAUGAACCAGGGCGAGUGGGAGCUGCUGCACGUUCUGUCCAAAUACAAGUGCUUCAGCGUGGACAACGACGACUACUACGCUGAGAUGAAAUUCCAUGUGGUGAUUCGACGCAGACCUCUGUUCUACACAGUCAACCUGCUCCUGCCCAGCAUCUUCCUGAUGGUGAUGGACAUAGUGGGCUUCUACCUGCCUCCAGACAGCGGCGAGAGGGUGUCCUUUAAGAUCACUCUGCUGCUGGGCUACUCAGUCUUCCUCAUCAUCGUCUCCGACACGCUGCCCGCCACAGCCAUCGGCACGCCGCUUAUCGGUGUGUAUUUCGUAGUGUGCAUGGCCCUGCUGGUGAUCAGUCUGACAGAAACAGUGCUGAUAGUGCGGCUGGUGCAUAAGCAGGACCUGCAGUCUCAUGUUCCUCAGUGGGUGAAGAACCUGGUGCUGGAGAAGGCCACAGUGCUGCUCUGCAUCCGGAAUAAGAAGUUCUGCUCCCUGCUGAACCGCGAGUCUGACCUCCCGCACUACAAAGAGAACAACAUGAACACAGUUCGCUGUAAUCACCACUGCGAGACCUCCAGAGACAUGGAGAGGGGUCUCGGUAUGGGCAUGCCCGUGAGGGACAGCACCCCUCCGGUCAUGGACAAUAUUCUGCACGAGGUCUCCUCCAUCCGGCAGUUUCUGGAGAAGAGGGAGGCGAGCAGGGAAAUCGCUAAAGAGUGGCUGCAGGUGGGCUACGUGCUGGACGUGCUGCUCUUCAGGGUCUACCUCCUGGCCAUGCUGGCCUACAGCAUCACCCUGGGCGCUCUGUGGUCUGUCUGGCAGUACGCCUGAACGUGCUGAACGCUGUGUGUUAACAUGACGCUGGGUUGUGUGAAAUGAGCAUACAGCGGACACAAUGGGUGUCAGACCUAGCAGAAUGGCUAGUUCAUGCUACGUGCAGUGGGUUAAGCUGUUAAACAUAUUUUGGAGCAGCUUGCUGAGCUAGCAGAGUUAAUGAGCAGGAAGGCCCUUUCUUAAAGCCCCACCCCCCACCCUCCCUCUAUUUACAAAGAAGUUUUAUUUAUUCAAACAAAUAUGUGUAUUUGAACACAUACAGCUUUAGAAAAAAAUAAGAGACCACUUAAAAAUGAUGAGUUUCUUUGAUUUUACCAAAUUGAAAACCUCUGGAAUAUAAUCAAGAGGAAGAUGGAUGAUCACAAGCCAUCAAACCAAACUGAACUGCUUCAAUUUUUGCACCAGGAGUAAAGGCAUAAAGUUAUCCAAAAGCAGUGUGUAAGACUGCAUGGCAAGAUGCAUGAAAAUGUGAUUAAAAACCAGGGUCUUAAAACUUUAUGUAUAUGAACCUGAAAGUUUCUGAAAGCUUUGCAACUUUUUUGUUAUUUCAGUAAUUUUUGUUAUUUCUCAUUUUUUGCAAAUAAAUUCUCUAAAUGACAAUAGUUUUUUUUUUUUUCAAAUUUGGGAGAAAUGUUGUUCAUAGUUCAUAGAAUAAAACAGCAAUGAUCAUUUUACUCAAAUGUAUACCUAUAAAAAGCAAAAUCAGAGAAACUGAUUCAGAAUCUGAAAAGGAGUCUCUUAAUAUUUUUCAGAGCUGUAUGUAGUUGUACAUAGUGUAAACCAUAAUAGCACUGUACAGAGCUAUUGUAAGAUAAUUGUUUAAGGAAGAGUACAGAGUCUUCAUAGUGUUCAUUAAAAAUCGUUGGAUUUAUACUGUUGAUUGAAGGUAAGGCAAUCACUUUAACUUUUAUUGCAAAAUAAAGUAUGUAACUGUAUAAAAAUUCCUUUAAAAAAGUGCCUACAUAAAGAAACGUAUAAAACA